AUGUUUCUAGCCCGCAGACCUUCCAGAGUAGCUGCCUCUUUAACUCGAACACCUUGUGUGACCUUGACUCACAUACGAUCUUUGACUAACGAGAGUCACUCUUAUGAAAACAUUUCACUUACCCAACCCUCACCAUCAGUCACUCUAGUUACUCUUAACCGACCGAAGGCUUUAAACGCGCUCUCCUCACCACUCUUUCAUGAGUUAAAUCAUGCAUUCAAAAAUCUCGACGCUCCUGAUUCUCAAACGGAGGUGAUCGUCUUGACCGGUAACGAGAAGGCUUUUGCGGCCGGUGCAGAUAUCAAAGAGAUGAAAGAACGUACACUUCAGGAAACCUAUGGGGCCGAUUUUCUCACACAUUGGACUGAAAUCACCGCUGUGAGGAAACCGAUCAUAGCAGCUGUGAGUGGAUAUGCCCUUGGAGGCGGUUGCGAAUUGGCAAUGAUGUGUGAUAUCAUUCUGGCAAGCCCGGAUGCAACUUUUGGCCAACCGGAGAUCAAUCUGGGCGUCAUUCCCGGCGCAGGUGGUACUCAACGAUUGACCAAAGCGAUAGGAAAAUCGAAAGCGAUGGAGAUCGUCCUCACAGGGCGUAAUUUUUCUGCUCAAGACGCCUAUGAUUGGGGCCUCAUAUCAAGAAUCGUACAAGGCAAUCACGACGAGCUUGUAAAGGAAGCCGUCAAAGUGGCCGAGAAGAUCUCUAGUAAAGGAAGAUUAUCGGUCAAAGCCGCCAAAGAGGCCAUCAAUUCAGCUUACGAGUUACCGUUACGCGAAGGUUUGAACUUUGAGCGGCGACUCUUCCACAUGUUAUUUGCAACGAAUGAUCAAAAAGAAGGUAUGAGGGCCUUUGCAGAAAAGCGUAAACCAAGUUUUACCAAUUCUUAA